AUGUUUUCUCUUCUCUUUGCUAGAUCAGCUGCAAAAGUUGCUGCAACUAUUAAUGGUAAGGAAUAUACAGGAGAAACCCUCAAAGCUAUCCUUGAUAGUAAUCAAAUUGAACACGUUUAUGAAAUUAAUGCCAGUGGCGAUAUUACAUUUAGUGAAUUCAAACUCGAACCUAUGUUAUCAGCUAAUCAAAUUAUAAUGGGCAACAUGUUAGAAACUGAUCUUCCAGAUGAAUUAUUCAAAGAAUCCUCUGUUUCCGUAGUUUCCUUUGCCAAAGUACAGAGAAUUGGAAAGGGCGCAUUCCUUGGCGCUAAGUCAUUGAAAUCAGCUAGCUUCCCAGAAGCUAUCCAAGUUAGCAAAAACGCAUUUAGUGGAUGCGGAAAGCUUGAGACCGUUGAUAUUCCAAAGGCUAUCUCCAUUGAAGACGCAGCAUUCUCAGGAUCCGGAAUUAAGAACGUAACAUUUUCUAAUGCCUUAAUUAUGUAUUCUUCUGUCUUCGCCGAUUGCCAGUCCCUUAUCGAGGUCAACUUACCAAAUGUCAGCUGCAUUAUUGACGAUAUGCAGUUCUUCAAUUGCUCAAAUCUUACAACCAUCAGAUUGCCAUCUGUCAAGAUCCUCUAUUUCAACAACAGCCAGUUCGUCCAGAACUCUCCCAACUUAACCUCUCUAUACUUCCCAGCAAAUCCUCCAGAAGGCGUUGAAGAUCAAACUUUCAACCUCACUGACGCAACCAAGUUCAACAUCGUCCUUCCUUCUGAAAAGGAUUGGAAGAACUACAUCUCACAGUCCAACAUCAGCAAGAAAUAUGAGAUUGUUUACAAAGGAUACAAUUCUCAUGUAAUUGACAGCUCAAGGAAGUUCAAGAAGACAGUUCUUCCUUACCUUAUCAUUGCUAUUGUUGUUGUUGUUAUUGGUGUCGCAGUUGGCCUAGGAUUUUACUUCUACAAGAAGGGAAGCCUUGAUAGCAUCCUUCCAAACUCACGCUUAGUUUAA